AGAAUUCUGAGGUAGCAGGGUGGGAGGAGCUAUGUCUCCACAGCUGCAUUAAAUUGUUAAUUAGUGGCUCUUUGUUCAGUGUGGCAUUCAACAGCUCAUGGGGAAAUUCAGAGUUGAUGAGUCCUUGAAUUUAAACCAUACAACUCUGGUCUCAUGAUUGCUUGAGAGACAAUAAAAUGUUAAGGAACUGGAUUAUUUGGAGCUUCUGUGUUUUAAUGGGCACACCAUCCUGGUAACACUUUGCCUGAACUAGCUUCUAUCCUUAUCAGUAAUUUAUAUGGUCCUUCGAGCCGGAAAGGUUGCUAGGAUGGAGAAAGAUGAUGUAGUGAGACCUAAACGGACAGUUAAACCUCCUAAAUGGCAUCAAGAUUAUCUACUCACUCAGCCAAGCGUACCAGCUUGCACACAAAGACCAAUGUCUGCUGAUCAUGUGUCUGUGGAGAUGACAGAAGGAGCUUCCAUAUCUGAUACUAGAGCUGAGAUGAGAAUUCUGUCUGAGGAUGUGCAACAAAUAAAGGGAAUGUUAUCAGAACUGGGACAGUCAAUGAGAGCUAUGCAGCUAAGAGGCCAAAGUUCUUCCUUUUCUAUUAGUUCUGAUUGCAGUUCUACUAAAGCAUCUCCUGUUGUUAACCAGACUAAGGAGGAUGAUAUUAAUAAAGUUCCUCUUGUCCUUGAAUUGGGUGAAUGUCUAAGACAACAUGAAGCAAAUAGAGAUAUCGAUCCAUCUACAUUACCUCCUCGACUUAGUAGACAAAGUACUUUCCCUCCUCCGCCACGAUCUAUGUUGCCUACACCAUUGCCAUCAGAUGGAAGAGUAUCAUUAGAGACUGGUUCCUCACAAUGUCCUAAUUUACCUAUGUUAAAUGAGUCUGCUAAUUCUGUUCACUUAAGGGCACAGCUUUCAGAGAAUCCUGUUGUCGCAAGUACGAGUCAAGUUCAGUUUGGUAAUGGUCUCCCUUGGCCAGCUUUACAUCAACAGCCAUUAAAUCCAGUUUAUCUGUGUAAUGAUCAAGCAACACAGAGCUAUGGGCCUAGUUCUAGUCAGAUGCAGAGUAAUGCAUGUUUUCCAUGGAUGCUCCCAAACUAUCCUGCCCCCUUUCCUCCUCCUGUUUUGUAUCCACCUUAUGGUUCAUUUGUCCAUCCAAGCCAUGCUUUUCCAAUGUCUGUACCCUCAUAUAGUCAAGCUCCCUCUAUGCCACCAACUCAAAUUACAGCAGGUGCUCCCUUUCAGGGGCUUCCACAAAUGGCUACUAGUAGUAAUACUCCCCUACCUCAGAUGUUGUCAGGUCCUCCAUCAACAGUCCAAAUUGGACAUUCAAAUGCAAGUCAACCUAUAUCAGCUUGUGUUCAGUCAUCUUCAGCACUGGGCCCUCCUAGAGUCUCUGCGGUAGAAAGACCAUCAUUUCCGUAUUUCAAAACUGAUGAUCCUCAAGAAUUUGCAAUGCUGAAUAUGGCCUUGAGAAAUUUGCUGCCUGCUGAGGAAACUGAACAAUAUAAAUAUCAUAUUCUUUUGGAUCACUUAAAGUUGGAUGCUGCUCGUCAUUUAGCCCUUGCAUAUGCUCAUGAUCCUCAACCUUACACUACUGCCUUAAAAGCCCUCCAAAGAAAAUAUGGUCAGCCUCAACACCUAGUGUUACGGGAGAUAGCUUUUAUUCAGAGCUUACCAGCCAUUCGUUCUGGGGAUUCUACUGGAUUCAGUCAGUUUGCACUACGAGUCCAGGCCUUAGUAGGCAUGCUUCAGUCAUGGGGGGAGAAUGAAGGAGCUAAUGAAUUGGCGUGUGCUUCUCAUGUUCACCAACUACUAAGUAAACUUCCAGCAAAUCAUGUGUCCAGCUUUGCUAGACAUGCUCGAGCUGUUCGCCCAGAUGUUCCUUAUAAUUUAGUGGAUUUUGCAAAAUGGUUAGAGGAGGAAGCAGAAUGCCAAAGCUUGGUGGUUCAAGUAUCUGACCAGUCUAAAGGAGCAACAAAGUUUCAAAGUAGAGAUGGGAGACCACUGAAAUCUUUCUCUUCUACAGCUACGUUCUUCCAGGGUAUUAAUCAGGAGGGAAAUGGGAAGCCCUAUGGAAUGGUUAAUCAAUUUAACAAUUCAAAUAGCAAGCAACCAGUAGAACCUCAAAUCUUUUGUGCCUUCUGUAAUAGAACCCAUCAUUUGAAUCAGUGUCCUGAGUUCUUACAGUUUGAUGUAAAUGCAAAGAGAAAAUGGAUCUUGGAUAACAAUCGUUGUUGGAGAUGUGGACGGACACAUCAUUCUUCUAACUGUAAUUUGAGGAGAGAUUGUCCAUCCUGUAAAGAAUGUCAUUUAGCAGUCCUGCAUGAAGUUAAUGCUUAUAAACCUGACUCUGGCAUAUUCUACUUAAGCAAACCGAGUGGCUUAAAUUCUGUGCUUUUGAAGGUUGUGAAAGUCAUUCUGAGUGCUCAAGGGAAGACUUUAGAAACUUAUGCAAUUCUUGAUGAUGGUUCAGAAAAGACCAUGCUUUUGUCUCCUGCUGCUGAGAUGCUGGGCCUGAAUGGGGCGGCUGAGUGCUUGAAGGUGCGAACAAUUCGACAGGGUAUUGAAGAGAUUGAUGGAGCUAAUGUUACCUUUUCUGUCUCUCCAGCAACUUUGAAGCACAAGAAAUAUCAGAUCAAGGCAGCAUUCACAGCUAAGAUGUUGGACUUACCUGAACAGACUUAUCCUAUCCAUAGUCUUCAACGUUGUUAUCAACAUAUUAAAGACAUCCCUCUGGAAGAAUUCCAUCAAGUUAAGCCUCUGUUACUUAUAGGUGCAGAUCAUCCCCAUUUGUUAUGUUCUACUGAAAGAGUGGUGCUAGGCCCUCCCGGAAGCCCAGCUGCAUUGCAUACUCGUCUAGGAUGGGUAUUACAAGGACCCAUUCCAUUAGUGCAAAAGACAAGCUCUGUUUCUCAAUGUCACUUCUUAGCUUCUUCAUCUAUGGAUCAGCUACAGAUGGAUGUAGAGAAAAUGUCGCACAUGAAUGUAAUUCCAUAUGUCCAAAUGUCAAAGAAUACUCACAGGUCAAGGCAAGAUCAAGAGGCUCUUGAGUGUUUGGAAAAGAGAACAGAACGAGUUGAGGUAAAUGGGAUGACAAGAUCUGAUACUCUCUUACUUUGCGCUAAACUUGUACCCAAGGAAUUCCACACCAGUGGUGAAUCCAGUCAGGAUGCUGCACCUGAAGAAUCCAGUCAGGAUGCUGCACCUGAAGAAUCCAGUCAGGAUGCUGCACCUGAAGAAUCCAGUCAGGAUGCUGCACCUGAAGAAUCCAGUCAGGAUGCUGCACCUGAAGAAUCCAGUCAGGAUGCUGCACCUGAAGAAUCCAGUCAGGAUGCUGCACCUGAAGAAUCCAGUCAGGAUGCUGCACCUGAAGAAUCCAGUCAGGAUGCUGCACCUGAAGAAUCCAGAUGCUGCACCUGA